AUGGCCGUUGGAACCGUUCUGGUCACCGGUGGUACCGGCUACAUUGGCUCGUUCACCUCCCUCGCCCUCCUCGAGCACGGCUACGAUGUCGUGAUUGUCGACAACCUCUACAACUCCUCCAAGGUCGCCCUCGACCGCAUCGAGCUCAUCUGCGGCCGCCGCCCGGCCUUUUAUGAGCUCGACAUUAGCGACGAGAAGGCCCUCGACGAGGUCUUCCAGAAGCACCCCGCCAUCGACUCGGUCAUCCACUUUGCCGCCCUCAAGGCCGUCGGCGAGUCGGGUGAGAUCCCCCUCGAGUACUACAAGGUCAAUGUCGGCGGCAGCAUCGCCCUUAUGCGCUCCAUGGAGCGCAACAACGUCACCAACGUGGUCUUCUCCUCCUCCGCCACCGUCUACGGCGACGCCACCCGCUUCGAGAACAUGAUCCCCAUCCCCGAGCACUGCCCGCGCGAGGCCACCAACACCUACGGCCGCACAAAGGUCAUCAUUGAGGACGUCAUCACCGACCAGGUCAAGGCGCAGCGCAACAAGUUGGAGAAGGCAGGCAAGUCCCCCGAGGCCUGGAACGGCGCGCUGCUGCGCUACUUCAACCCCUGCGGUGCCCAUCCUACCGGCAUCAUGGGUGAGGACCCCCAGGGCGUGCCGUUCAACCUCCUGCCCUUGCUGGGACAGGUCGCCACCGGUGAGCGCGAGAAGCUCCUCGUGUUCGGUGACGACUACGACUCCCGUGAUGGUACCGCCAUCCGCGACUACAUUCACGUCGUCGAUCUCGCCCGCGGCCAUCUUGCCGCUCUCAACUUUGUCCGUGAGAAGAAGCCCGGUGUCAAGGCGUGGAACUUGGGCUCGGGCCGCGGCAGCACCGUCUUCGAGAUCAUCAACGCCUUCAGCAAGGUCGUGGGCCGCGACCUCCCCUACGAGGUCAAGCCUCGCAGGCAGGGCGACGUGCUCGACCUCACCGCGCACCCGUCACUGGCCAACGAGGAGCUCAACUGGAAGACCGAGUUGACCAUGGAGAAGGCUUGCGAGGAUCUCUGGCGAUGGGUCGACAACAACCCUCAGGGCUACCGUCAAGAGCCCCCGCCUGAGCUGCUGGCAGCUGUCAAGACCUCAAAAGCAUAA